UCUGUCACCUCUAGUCACCGCGCGGUUUUUUCGUUGAAUUUUGUUAGCAUUUUUUUCUUCAUCGUACUGAGUUGAAUGUGAAUAAUCCGUAAUUAUGGCGGCCCUGAGCAACCUGAAACAGUGUCCGCCGUUCUCCACGCUGCCGGAUCUGGCGCUGCGGCACAAUCACAUCCCGGAGCUGGAGCGCUAUCCGCAGAUAAACUUGAACAGCGAACUUCUGGCCAAUCCGGCUGGUCAGAGAUUCUACGGCGGUCAGAGCUUCGUGUCCGUGAAUGAGGGUGUCCUAAAGCGGAUAACUCGCACCUUCUUCGAUGGCGGAUUCUGGGAGUCGCUGGAGGAGGCACGUAGCCCUAAGAGCCGGGAGCAGGCGCCGUUGAUCGCCCAGGCGGGUGAUCUAGUUGCACGACUCCUGGGUCUGGCCACCGGACUGAGAUUGAGGAUCCUUCCGCACACCCAGCAGCUCAGUGCCGAGCGAAUUGCACAGUUCGCGGAGACCAGGGAUUGGCUCAACAGCGAUGUGCGCUACCUUGCCUGGAAUCAGCACUUCUUUAGCUUAGCCGUAGCCGGUGUAGAUGAUGUGGUGCGCAUCUACACAAAGAGUUCCAGCGCGGCCACUGCUACUGUUUUAAAGAGUCCUUCCCAAACGCAGAUCACCUGCAUGGCGUGGCGUCCACUCUGCGCUGCCGAGAUCGUGAUAGGUUGUCGGCAGGGUCUUUGUUUCUGGGAAGUAGACAACACUUUGCAUUUGGGACGCACAAAUGCACCCAGCAAGAUUUUCAAACAUCCCAAUAAUCUGCCAAUAACCUCGCUGCAGUGGAACAAGGAUGGCACCCAGUUGGCCACCGCCUCCAUUGGAGAUCGUUCUAUCCUUAUCUGGCAGCCGGACAACGGAAUGAUGCAGCCACUCAAGCGACUAGGUCCGCCGGGCUCGCUGCUCAAGUGGUCACCGGAUAACGACUGGCUGUUCGCAGCCACCGUGGACCGGGUGUUCCGCGUGUGGAACUGCCAUCAGCAGUGGACCACCGAACGAUGGGUGUGCGGUCCCGGAGGACAUGUCCAAACAGCCUGUUGGUCGCCCUGCGGUCGCUUCCUGCUCUUCGUCAGCAGUGCCGAGCCGAUCCUCUACCGCCUGCAGUUCGUGCAACAAAGUCUACUAUCCUCAUCGGCGGAUGAGAAGGAAAUCUUGCCCAUUGCCGAUCUGAAUGCUUGCAGCAUUGAUGCGAAUCGCACGCUAAUCGGUGGUCCCGCCCAGCAGCUUGCAUGGGAUCCGCAUGGCAACUACCUGGUGGUCACAUUCAAGUCGACCAACUGCAUCGCUGUCUUCCGCACCUUUAUACAGAAGUUCGAUCUGCAGAUCUCUGCGGCAUACUAUCUGAGCGGAGAGACGGCGGCGGAGCACCCGAGCUUCAUCUGCUUCCAGCCACUCUACAAGGAUAACGAUCGCUCCGUGCUGACUAUCGCCUGGUCGUCGGGUCGCAUCCAAUACUACGCCUUCGACUGAUCUUUAAGCCUAGUGAUUUUGAUUGUAAUAUUUUAUUUGAUUUGGUUUUUGUAAGCGUUAAUACACAGUUAAACAGGUUAACCUUA